AUGGCUUCCACGUUCAUGAUCCGCUGCCGCGCGUCCGACGACCUUAGCCUCGCAAUCGUUGACGGCGAGGCCGUCCUAACCAAGGCUGACGCCCGCGACGACCGACAGCUGUGGCUCAAGGACAUGAGGUACGGCGCCGGACUCACGGACGAGGCAGGCUCACCGGCGUUUGCCCUGGUCAACAAAGCCACCGGAGAAGCGCUGAAGCACUCCUUCGGCCACUCUUGCCCAGUCCGAGCCAUCAAGUUCUACCCGGCGGGGUACGUGGACGAGUCAGUCCUGUGGGCCGAGAGCGAGGAGCACCUGGGCGACGGCUUCCGGCGCAUCCACAUGAUCAACAACAUGGACUACAUCUUCGACGCGGAGCAGGCCAUCCCUGACUACGGCGGCGCGCGCGACGGCACGCGCCUGAUCCUCUUCCGCUGGAACGGCGGCCAGAACCAGCAGUGGCGGAUCGCCCCGCGCAGUGCCCCCGCUGCGCCAGGGCCGGAGCUGCCACCGCCAGAGCACGCGCGGCCGGUCCAAAUCCUGUGCCGGAGCGGCCAGGGCCUGAGCCUCACUGUUCGUGACGGCGCAGCCGUCCUCGCCCGCGCCGACAGGGAGGACCAGCGACAGUGUUGGGUCCAGAGCUUCCGCAACACCGGCCACGUGACGGACGACGAGGGUCACCGGGCGUUCGCGCUCGUGAACCGGGCCACCGGGAAGGCCCUGGGGCACUGCCGCGGCGACGAGCUGGUUUACCUCGUCGGCCACAAGCCGGACUCUGUGGGUGUGGCCCUGCUGUGGACGCAGAGCGACGAUGUAGGCGAGGAGUACCACAACAUCCGCACCGUGAGCGACGUCGGUCUCGUCCUUGACGCGGCGAGUGGCGUUCCUGAGGCUGGCGGCGCGCAUGACGGCACAGCCAUUAUAGUCUUCCCACGGCACGGCGGCUGCAACCAGAAGUGGAAGAUGCUUCCGUUCUAUUGA